AUGAUUCAACGGCAGCAAUGUGUGGCUUGUAACCUUAUGGUAAGUACUUGUACAUCGUUUUGCUCGGAAUCGUUCAUCGUUUGACCCAAUGUAAGCUUAAUUUCACACUAAGGUACGACGGUGACAGUGUUUCCUAUUUCAAAUCUUUUGAUGUUCAUUCCUACGUGCUAUACUGAAAUAUGGUAUCAACUGAUUUUGAAAAGAUACAGUCGCAAAAAAAAUUGUUGGUUCAGAGAAGUACUUUCCUGAGAAUUGUUUUAAUGCGGUAGAAAGUGACAGGCUUUCAGCUAAUCCCCUGAUAAGUUAAUUAAAUUGAGCUUUGUGAAAGAUAAAAGUGAAUUUAUCAUAAUGUUAGAGUGGCAAGCCCCGCAGAAAAAAAUUGAUGACUUUAUUUUAUCAAAAACAGAUCCCCGACUCUGAGUCCACAGAUAUGUCUUGUACCUGUGGUCAUGUGUUCAAGGAAAUCAAACUGAUUGGUGGAAAGAGAUUCUCAGGUAAGACGGAGAUCUUUUAUGAUGAAAGUAGAAAUUAUUUCAAGUGCCGUUGCAAUAUAGCAAUUCUAUGUCAAUUGGGCUAUGGUCAACAGAUCGCAACAUGUCAACCUUGAUCCUGAAUGCUUUAGUUUUUAAAAGCAUUGUUAUCCAUUCUGUUUAUUAUACCAUAUACCACUAACGUGGUGAAUUUGUUGAAUAACCAUCAGCUUCUUUUUAGUCAGCGAUCCUUUCCUUUAUUUUCAUGACCUUGAUGUUUGAUCCAAAAAGUGAAACUGUGAGAAGAAACCAGAUGCUAAUUCACUCUUAAGGGUCAAGGGAAUAGAUAAUUUAAGGCCUGAACAACUGAGUGCUGCAUAUUUUCAUGGUGAAGCUCCGUCCUCGACUGAAAUGAAAAAUUAAAACUCAAUUGGGCGUGAUAAGUAGCAUUUAUUCACGAAUAGAGGAUGUUAAAAUUUUAGUUUCGAGCGGGCGCAAACAGCAUAUUGUUCCAACGAGACUGUUGUUCUUUUUCAUCACUAACAUUUCAGCAGCAUCAAACGAGUCUGACUUUGAUUAAGUGUAAAUCUAUGGAGAUUACUGCCGUUCAGAUUAUCAACAAAACCAAAAUACUAACAAUUCUUGUUAAUACUUAGUGCUUGCCUGAAUCCAUAUUGUGUGUGAAUUACAUACAAUGUGUAUUUCAUGAUAGGAGGCCCUAAACAUUCUUUAACGGUGGAUUGCUGAAGGCAGUAAAUCAGGCCCCUAUGCAAAUUGAACUAUAGCAAAAACAAAUUCAUUGCCCUUCACUUAAGCUCGUAUGCAUUGCAAUGAUUCUCUCUUAUAGAAUACCGAGCGCAGCUUUACUCUCGUUUGGAAAACAGAAAGCAGAGAUUAACCACCGGUGAAAACAAACCAACUAGGGAGAAAGCUCAAAACGUAGGGAAACUUGAGGUAAAUAUGUGCUUUUUCGUCGCUUAAAAUUGCUAAUACUUCGCCUUGUGGUUGGUUUUAAAAACUUGCGCCACUCUCUCAACCAAUCAGAUUCAAAACUUAGACCAAUCACGAUUUGUUCCAUCGCGUUUUCCUACGCUUCAUGCAGUUCGUCUGUUUUGUAAAUUGAGCUCUCAUUGCCUAAUGAUGACGUCAAUCUUCGCUCUGAUUGGCCGUUAUAAUUUUUCUGGUGUUGUACGCUCAAUAAGAGAACUGUUCUAAAGCGGCCAACUGAACAUGGCGAUGUUUGGCAGGAGACAAGAGUGUCUUUAAAAUGUUGAACGAAACAUUUACUCAAUUUUAUCAAACAGCAUAUCUGCAUGUUGGAAGGAAAUUGUUCUCACUGUCUAAACACCGGAAAAGGUGCUAUAGGUGACGUUACUCGACGAGAAAAAGAACCAUUUGUAAGGCCCAAGGCGAUAAGACGACAACUCAACCAGCCACAUCACGCCAUGAAAAGCAAGUUGAGCGAAUCGAAAAAUACUUCCAGUGUGAGAAAUUUCCAAAGAAGGUUUCACAUCGCCUUAACAGAAAUUAACAGACGUCUUGUCUCCCAGAAUCAGUUAUGGUCAUCGCUGGACAAUCGAUACAAAGUAGAUCAGUAA